UUCUGAGGAGUCCCUGAAUGCAGCAGGAGCGUCAACCCUCCACCCCUCGAGGAAGCAAAGCGACAUCCAUCAGACUCGUUGCACUCUCUCAGAGGUAAUACUCUCCAGCACUCCUCAAGGCUGCACCACCACCAAACCACCAAACCCUCCUCCACACCGGGCCGUCAUCACACCGACCGAGCUCCCUCAGGUGGCCACGUUCUGGUGCUCUCUGCGCGGAUUCCCCCUCUUCUCCAUCAGGACUGUGUGGAGAGAUGCGACGUCUCGGAGGAGGAGGAGGAGACGAAGUGGCCAGCCAGCAGCAGCAGCAGCAGCAGCAGCAGACACCUGCGAGGACCAUCUGAGUUUGUUUCUAUAACGUCAAAAGAAAAAGGUUUAUUGCGGGCAUCACUAUGACUGAUGGGGAUUAUGACUACCUUAUAAAGCUCCUUGCCCUGGGGGACUCCGGCGUGGGGAAGACCACCUUCCUGUACCGAUACACAGACAACAAGUUCAACCCCAAGUUCAUCACCACAGUCGGCAUCGACUUCAGGGAAAAGAGAGUGGUGUACACAGCGUCCAGCCCCAAUGGGGCGACCGCAGGGAAAACCUUCAAGGUUCACCUUCAGCUCUGGGACACAGCUGGACAGGAGAGGUUCCGCAGCCUGACAACGGCGUUCUUCAGGGACGCUAUGGGGUUCCUGCUGAUGUUUGAUCUCACCAGCCAGCAGAGCUUCCUCAACGUCAGAAACUGGAUGAGUCAGCUACAGGCCAAUGCCUACUGUGAGAAUCCAGAUAUCGUGUUGGUAGGAAACAAGGCCGACCUGAACGACCAGCGGGAGGUUCAGGAGAAACAGGCCAAGGAGCUGGCUGAUAAAUACGGAAUCCCGUACUUUGAGACGAGUGCAGCGACAGGAUCGGAGGUGGACAAGGCGGUGAUAACGCUGUUGGACCUGGUCAUGAAGAGGAUGGAGCAGUGCGUCGACAAACCGCCUGCCGAGCCAGCCAACGGGAACGGGGCCACGAAGCUCGGCGAUGCGCAGCCCAACGAGAAGAAAUGUGCAUGCUAGAUCAAGAAGGAAACGACCAGUCAGUGCUCCUCUGUUGUCUGUCCUCUCUACUCGCCACAUUCCCUACUUCUUUCACCUUAUCUGUCAUCUUUGAUUGCAUGUCUCUUCAUCUUCUCCUGUUCACUCUCUUCUCUCUAAUAUUAACCUUUAACCAUCUUCUGCUCUUUUCUUUCUCUUCUCCUCCUUUAUUCUUCUUUCUCCUCAAACUGUCUGCCAUAGGGCAAUGAAACAACCUUGUCCCCCCUCUAGUGGAUAUUCAAGGUAAUACAGUCUCAGCCUGUCUGCCUUUGAGCUCUGUUUAGGAGGAAAUUAAAACAGGAGGGGACAGUUUCAUCACUGUCAGACACAUAUUGUGCCUCGUUUAAAACAUGCAGCCUGGGAAUUAAGCUCUGCACGCUCCCAGUUGCUCUGUUCGCAAGUGGUUUGAAUGAUUUAAAUGGACCUAAACGUGCAGAAAGACACUUGACGACAGCUUGAUCUGGGCCAUUAAAGAGUUUAACACUAAGCUGUGUCCAUGUAAAUUAAGUCACGGUCCUCUCCUGAACGCUUUUCCUCCUGGACCGGGGUGAGCAACUGUCAAAAACAAACAAUUUUUUUCCCUGUUUCACACCGUCUUCGAUGCUGUACCCGUAUUAGCCACGUAUGGUCAUUUUUUUCAGUGUUUUCAAGCAGUUUUGUCUCGUUCAAGGAUGCAAGACGUUUGCUAAAAAUGCACCAAAUUGUGUUUAAUAUAGUUGGACAAUGGUUUCAUGGUGGAGGUCUUUGACACACCUGAGUGAGAUUAUUGAUUAUUUUGCUUGUUAGCUUCUACAACUAACUUUAGGAUAUGUAAUAUCAACAGCUUAAUCCACAAUGAAUUGUGCAAAUACAUAAUGGGCCUAUAUUAAACUUUAUAUUAGUAACAGUAAAUGAAAAUACACAACAUAGAGAUACCCCCAACACAAAACAGAGGAGGGUAAAUAGCCUCUGUUGUUAUUUUUCAUAACCAAACUGGUCAGAGUAGAUUGUUUUGUUUAUGGCCACUUGCUAGUGAUUAUUUUAUAUAGCAGUAGGUAUUGAUAUUUUGGAUCAACACCCUUCAUAAAUUGAAUAUUUUUGUUUGCACUCAUUUAAAAAUAAUACUUGGAAUAAAUGUCCAUUCAUACAGGAAUGCCAUAUGAUUGAUUAGAAAUAGCACUGUUUGGAUAUUUUGGAUACUUUUACAUCUAUUUCCCAGCCUUACUUUGAACCGUUCAUUUUGAAAACUUAACGGAUCAACAGACACACAACAUUCAUAUUGUAGGACGAAUAUGGGUACAGCAUGGCAUGUGAAAUGGAGAACAAAAAAAGCCUAUGUAUAUCCUUAAUAGAGUGUCCUAGACCAGGAUAGACAUGUUGUUCCAAACUGAUCUACUGCCUUGGCUUUUAAAGCGUUAUUCCACUGUGGCGGAACAGACUUUAAUCUCUGUGGAAGUUUGAGAUACAACAAAUAUCAGAUGCUCUGGGGACGCAAUGUCACUUUAAUUUGCUUACAGAAAAUUUAAUAAUUGUAAUCCAUAGCCUAAAAAAGAUAUUGGCUAUUUACAACUAGAACAAACAUGGUAUGUAAGUCAACAUAAAUGCAGUUUAUGAGUGGAGAGGAUGAUUAUAUCAGCAUGGUUAUGGUGACGUUAGCCUUUCAGGGCAGCUGAUUUUCCAUGUUGACCUCUCAUCUCUUCUUACCAGAUAAUCCGACAAAGUGAAAUAUCGCUUUAAGGCCCCAUACAUGACCAAUGUUGUUAGAAUAUAAAGUGACCAAUUAUUUAUAUUAAAAGAAAUGUAAAACAUAGAUUAUUAUUUCUGUUGUCUAAUUUUUUGUUAUAUCCUUCACAUCUCACACAAUUUUUUUUUCUUCUUUCAUAUCCGUCAAGGGAAAAUAAUCUGCUUUCAUAUUUGUUUUUUCAUUGCUCUAGUGCUCUUAAGCAAAUUAACCCCCAAGUUAUAAAUAUAUCAACAAAACGUGUCUCUAACAUGAAGAAAAUACACUAUUAUAAACUCUUGAAGAAGUACAGUAGAAGUUGUUUAAGACUUUUUUUGGUUCAACACUUGAAGUUACUGUGGACCAACUUUUUGUUGUAUUUUGUUGCUUAACACUAUAUUGUUUUUUUUCAUUGCAUACCACACCAUAUAACAGCUGCUGUGCAGAAAACCCUAUGAAAUCACAGCAUAUUGAAACUACAUUCCACUGAGUUCAGUUCAAAAGGCUGCAUGUUUUGUACCGUGACACUACGCUUGAGCACAGCAAAAAACAUCCGUCUUUAGAAGCCAUUUGGAUGUAAAUUUACCCCCCAAAAAAUCCAUUUAAAUGUCAAAAAUCAGCUUUGAGUCCAAGAUGAUUUCUUUUGUUUUAAGUGCAACUCAACAGUUUCCCUUACAUCAAGUAACACCUUGAUCUGCCUUACUUCAUGAAAAAUCUUGAGCCAAGUUGAGGUGCACCAGAAACGAGGGGAAUUAUCUUUUUGCUUGCCACCUGCUGGCAGCUAAAUCCUUAUUUUGUCCUUCAGUGAGCCAAGGGGAGGUUUUACACAGCUGUCCCAACUCACAGCUGCAUAAUGUAGGAUUACUGCAGGUUGGUUUUCAAAGUGUACUGAAACCAGGGGCUGCCAAAUGGGUCAGCGGUAAUGUUAAGUAUACUGUGAGUGUGGCUUAUUAAUGGCAAACCACUGCUGUGGUCAUUUGAAAGAUAAUAACAUUUUGAAUUUCAAUAUUUGAUUAUAUUACAGUCCAAUUUUUUGUAUUGUGUUCGCUGGAUCCAUAAAAAAAAUCUUAUAGGUUAAAGAGUCAUAGAGCUUUGGAUUCACCUCUUGUCACCUAUAUCUACCAGUGUGCCAAAUAAAAAAAGGAAACACCACAAACAAGCGUUUGUUUUCAACAAAUCUAAACCUCAUGCUGUUGUUCACUCGAAGAAAAACUGCCUUCAAAAAUAAAAAAAAAAAAGUGUUUUUAUUUUGUUUGUUUUUUUGUUUAAAAGCCUAACAAAGUCGCUUGCCAACAGCUGAUCUCAGUGCCAUAUUAAACACACACCGCUGUUCAAUUUUACUUUAUCGAAAUAUUAAUUUGCUGACGAUAAAGACAUAAGGAGCUGGUUCACUUAAUAUUCUCUCCCAUAAUUGCUGUAAAGGUCCCAGAAAAUACUGUAUUUCUAUAAGUUUGGUUUGUUUGUUUCAGCUGAUCAACGGCUUACUGAUGGGUUUUAGGUAGGUAGAUAGGUUUUUACUUUUGUGUUGGUCUUAAUAAUCAUGUCAGGUUACAUAUUUCUAAACACUUACAGAAGCAGCUUAGUGAAAUCGUCUUAACACAGGUUUAUUUAGUUUGUUUCCUUUGCUCCAACAUUCAGUCAUGAAGAGAGUCCUGUUACAGUUAAACAAGUUGUAUUUCAGUAGAAUUGUAUCUUUAAGACUUAAUUUAUAUUCACACUAGGAGCGACAACAAAACUACAUUAUUACACUGUCGCAGUCGCCGCCGUUGAAGUGUUGCUCAAGCGCUCGUUGAUGUAGUUAUGACGUUAAGACCAACUUUAUUAAUGUUCACUCUCAUUUUAGCUCUAUUUUGGUCUCCACCAACACCUGAUAAAAUACUUGGCUCUUUAGCUGCUAAAUGUUCCACUCAUGUCACCAGUUAGUUGCUAACUUUGUCUGCUGCUGGAAAGCGGGUUGAUGAGUGAAUCGUACACUAAAUGUGCCGUAAAAACCAAAAUAACGAGCUAAAAGAGGCUAAAAAGCUCUGUAUCAUGCGGCAUAUUUACCACUAUUCGCACUAUGGGUGUCACCUUUCACAAUCCAUUAUUAUAAGAUAUUGAUUAGUGCAGCUUUAAAAAUGUCAUCUUUUAAAGUCGUAAGGCUUACCAAGUGUUAAUCUCUUUAACGCCACCAAUCAGGUGUGUAACGUUUUCUCAGUUUUUGAAAAAGUUUUCGGUAAAAGUUUCGUGAAACAGUUAAAUUAUGACUUAGAAAGAAAUGACUCGCCUAUAAAUGUAAUGCAGCCUUUUUUUAUCAAGAUGACUGGCAAGCUAGUAAUUCAUUAAUUUUAAUGAAACACAAAAAUUAAUCCUUGAGAUCUACCCGACACCUACGCUCAAAUAAAGCAAGGACACAAAAUGAACUCAUAAAAAGCAUCAAUCAAUUUUUUAGGUGUUUUUUUUUUUUUUUUUUUUUACUAUUUGAGACUUUGAGUCCAGAUUUCCAGUGCGCCUCACCUCUAUAUGAAUAGAUAAAGCCUUUUAUUGUGACAAUCUUCCGAACCAAUUUGUCAGCUUUUAUCUGAGCCUUUCUUCUUCUGUUGCUCAUUAUAUUUUCUCAAGUUUAAUUUCAAUUUUUAGAAUAUGUUUGUCAUUUUAUGCCUUUUUGCUUAAAUUCAGUAUUCAGUUGUGCCACCGGUAUAUCUGACAUUUAUUUUUGCUGUCUUGAAUCAUGUUUUUCUUGAAGCAUCUCUUCCAUAAGUCUUAAAUUUUUGAAGUUUUUGAAUUCACUUUAAAAAGUUUACACUGUUUUCAGAGUCAUGUUGUGCCUGUUAUUAUCUCUUCUGUCUGAUCCUCUGUAAAGUUUGUGAGCUACUGAAUAUUUUCAUGCAUUAUUGAUUAUAGAUUACAAAACAGAGGCAAAAGAGACCAGAAGUCGUGAUGUUUUUGUGCCCGAUAUAUCAAAACAACUAAUCAAUCCAAGUACCUCUAAGAGCUUUUAUUUUUGGAAAUCCUCCGUGUGUGAAUUCUCCCUGAUGCCUGCGGUUUGUACACGUUUCUUCAGUUUUCACUGCGUGUAUCGAUGCCUGUGUGUGUUUGUUGGGUUUGUUGCACCGUCAGCAUGUUUGACACAAUGAGAAUGAAAUGACCUGUGAUGCGUUUAAUGUUUCUGAUGUCAGAGCUGCAAAUAAAUCUCUGUGUUUGUUUUAAA